UCCAGCAGCUCCCUCCUACACAGGCUGGGAGUCGGGGAGGGUGGUUGGCUCGGCAGAAGCUGCACAGCACACACUUGUCACCAUGCCUUGGCCGCUCUAUUGCCUGCUCUUCCUUCUUCUCACCCCCCAGCAGGUCCUGUCCUGCCCCAGCCGAUGCCUGUGCUUCCGCUCCACCGUCAGGUGCAUGCAUCUGAUGCUCGACGCCAUCCCGGAGGUGCCCGUCCACACCAGCAUCCUGGACCUGAGAUUUAACCGUAUCCAAGAGGUCGAUUCUGAAGCCCUCCAGAAGCUGCCCAACCUUCACACUCUAUUGCUGAACAACAACCGGAUCCAGCGUCUCUCUCAGAAACCAUUUGAGAAAUUGGAAAAUUUGAAACAUCUAUACCUGUACAAGAAUGAAAUCCGUAGCAUACAGGGGAAUGCAUUCCAUGGACUGGGCUCGCUAGAACAGCUGUAUCUCCACUUCAACAGCCUGGAGGUUCUGGACGUUGACACGUUCGGGGAUCUGCCGAAGCUGGAGAGACUGUUCCUGCACAAUAACCGAAUCGCUAGGAUUCAUCCAGGAACCUUCUCUCAGCUCCCAUCAUUGACCCGUCUGCGCCUGGACUCCAACCCUUUGGUGUGCGACUGUGAGCUGGUGUGGUUGGCGGACCUCCUGAGGAAGUUCACGGAGAGGAGCAGCACGCUGACUGCCGCCACGUGCGAACAUCCGACGCAUCUGCGAGGGAAGUCUGUCAGCGCCCUCCCUGAGGAUCAGUUUAACUGCGAGAUGCCUCGCAUUUUAUCGGAACCUAGAGAUGCCGAUGUCGUCCUUGGAAACACGGUUUAUUUUAUCUGCCGAGCCGAGGGGAAUCCCAAACCUGACAUCAGAUGGAUACAUAACAACAAUGAGAUCGAUAUGAGUUUCGAUGGGAGGCUGCAUCUGUUGCAUGAUGGGACAUUGAUGAUCCAGAACACGCAGGAGUCGGAUAAAGGGAUCUAUCAGUGCGCGGCCAAAAACAUCGCCGGGGAGGUGCGCACUCAAGAGGCCAUCUUGCGCUACUCUGGCAGCCGAUCCAAGCCGGUGUUUAUAAUCCAUCCACAAACCACGGAGGCGCUCGUAGAUGGAAGCGUCACCCUGGAGUGCGGCGUCUCUGGGGACCCUCAGCCAAAAAUUGCAUGGACCACGGAAAACGGAGAAGCGAUUCCCAAUAACGGGCGCUUUACCAUCACAAGCUCUGGAGGUCUGUACAUUCGGAACCUCACCGCCGCGGACCAGGGGCUCUAUCAGUGUCACGCCAGCAAUAGCGAGGGCAGUGUCCAGGCCUCUGCGUCUAUCAUCGUACAAGAUCCUCAGAAGUUCUCCGUGGUUCCCAGAGACCAGACCGUGACUGAAGGACGGGAUGUCGAAUUUCUUUGCUCUGCCAAUGGGCAACCAGCUCCAGUCAUAACCUGGACUAAAGAUGGAGAAGAACUGCCCAAUGAUGGGCGUCACACUGUUCUUGAAUCGGGGGCUCUCUAUAUCCAGAGGGCUGUGAUGAAGGAUAGUGGGCAGUAUCAUUGUCAUGCCACCAGCUCUACGGGGGUCAGCUCUGUGCCGGUCCAGCUGCAUGUGCAGCCACAAGAUACGGCGCGACUCGGGGACGCCUUUGUGGAGAUGUCCUUGCGAGAAGCCAUCCAAAGCGUCAACAGCAGCUUUAACGCCACUCACAGAUACCUGUUCAGCAGAUUACCAAAGUCACCUAGUGAUCUCUUUGCACUGUCCCGCUACCCCCGUGACCCUCAGGCUAUCGAAACUGUCCGCGCAGCGGAGAUCCUGGAGAGGACCCUUGAACUGAUAGAGGAACAUGUGCAGCAAGGCCUGCCGGAAAACCUGAACAGCACAGGUUAUCACUAUAGGGAUCUGGUGUCAUCACACUACAUCAGCAUGAUUGCCAACAUCUCAGGAUGCUCUGCUCACAGGCGGACACCUAACUGCUCAGACAUUUGUUUCCACCAACGCUACCGCACCUUCGAUGGUACAUGUAACAACCUACGGCAUCCAAUGUGGGGAGCCUCUGUCACUGCUUUCCAGCGCCUUCUCAAGCCCGCCUACCAGAAUGGCUUUAACCACCCCCGAGGAGCAUCAGAUGAGUCAGGUGUGCUGCCUUUACCGCUCCCUCGUCUGGUGUCUACCACCAUGAUUGGCACCGAGACCAUCACUCCAGAUGCCCAGUACACACACAUGCUCAUGCAGUGGGGUCAGUUUCUGGAUCAUGAUCUAGACCAGACCAUUCCAGCACUAGGCAUGUCCAGAUUCUCUGACGGAGCACCUUGCAGCCAGGUGUGUACCAAUGACCCUCCAUGCUUUCCCAUCAGCAUGCCUGAGAAGGAUCCUCGAUUAAAAAAUGGACACUGCAUGUUUUUUGCCCGAUCCAGUCCAGUUUGUGGCAGCGGUGUGACCUCUCUUCUCAUGGACUCUGCCUAUUACCGAGAGCAGGUCAAUCUGCUCACUGCUUACAUUGAUGCCUCCAAUGUGUAUGGGAGUUCUGAGCACCAGUCCUUAGAGCUCAGAGAUCUGACAAACCAGAGGGGUCUAUUGAAAGUCGGUGGAGUGAUGACUUUUGGAAAGCCCAUGAUGCCUUAUGCUCAUGGACCUCCUACAGAAUGCAUGCGGGACGAGAGGGAAAGUUCAGUCCCGUGCUUUCUAGCUGGAGACCAUCGAGCUAAUGAGCAGCUUGCCCUUACUGCCAUGCACACUAUAUGGUUUCGAGAGCAUAAUCGCAUUGCAGAACAUCUACUGAAGCUCAACCCUCACUGGAACAGUGAUAAGAUCUACCACGAGGCCAGAAAGAUUGUUGGCGCUCAAAUGCAGCACAUUACCUUCACCCAUUGGCUUCCAAAGAUUCUUGGAGAACCUGGAAUGAGAAUGCUGGGGGAGUAUAAAGGCUACGACCCCAACGUCAACAGCGCAAUCUUCAAUGCCUUUGCCACAGCUGCUUUAAGAUUUGGGCACACCCUGAUUAACCCCAUUAUCUAUCGACUGAAUGAAACCUUUCAACCUAUCCAACACGGCCAUCUUCCAUUGCACAAGGCUUUCUUCAGCCCAUUCAGGUUGCUCCAAGAGGGAGGGAUAGACCCUAUUCUUCGAGGCCUCUUUGGGGUUCCUGGUAAGAUGAGGGUUCCCACAGAACUACUCAAUCUGGAGCUCACUGAGAAACUUUUUGCUGCUGUGCAUACUGUGUCUUUGGACCUUGCGGCCAUCAACAUCCAGCGUGGCAGGGACCAUGGUAUUCCACCGUACAAUGACUACAGGAUGUUCUGCAAUCUCACCUCAGCACAGGACUUUGAGGACCUGAAGAAUGAAAUCAAGAACCAGGAUGUAAGGCAGAAGCUCCGAAGUUUGUACGGAACCCCCAAAAAUGUGGAUCUAUUUCCGGCCCUGAUCGUGGAGGAUCUGAUCCCAGGGUCCCGUGUUGGCCCAACUCUCAUGUGCCUUCUGGUCACUCAGUUUAAGAGGCUUCGGGAUGGAGACAGAUUCUGGUACAGUAACCCCGGUGUCUUCACCCCGGCUCAGCUCACUGAAAUAAAACAGACAUCACUGGCUCGAGUGCUGUGUGACAACGGUGACAACAUUCAGCAUGUCCAGGACGAUGUGUUCCAAGUGGCUGUCUUUCCCCGGGACAUGAGGCCUUGCGGGGACAUCCCCGGCCUGGACCUGGGCUUCUGGAAGGAGUGCUGCGAUGGUUGUGGGACGCAGGGUCAGUCUGAUGCCCUCUCUUCACACUUCCGGAACCGACGGGAUGAGGAAUUUAGUUAUAGUGACAGAUUUAGCCCAGAGGACUCCAGACAGGAGGAGUAUCUACAGGAGGACUCAGAAGACGACUACAUCUCAACACUUGAAACAACCCUUGCAGCGUUACAGAACAAGGUGAGGGAAAUGGAAAGCCAGUUGAAGCAGCUGCAGAAGACACAGAUGGCCACAGGGGGGCAGCACCCAUUGCAAUGAUGUACUGUACAGAUUUCCGCAUUUGUGCGCAAGGAUGGCUAAAUGUCCGCAAAACCCCCGUCUACAGUGUGUAGUCCACCCUGACAGAAAAUUGGGCUAAAUGUAAUAAAAAAAUGCUGUCUGAUCCUCAAAAACUGAAGGUGCUGAUCAUACUCAGGAAGUCGACAUCUUUUUCUCUGAUUCUAAUUUAGCACAGAUACAGAACCUGUAGAGUGUUGUGUCCAACAUUGUUUUUUUACAUUUGCAAAUAGCUAUCAAGGGUAUUCAAUAUUCUGCUCACUUCCUGUGUGGUCACCAGAGCAGGAAGCGACCAUUCCAUUCCUCCAUGAUGGAUAGAUACAGCUUUAACAAUCUGAUAGAAUCUAACCCUUCCUCUUCUCAAAAGUUUUGUCUAGAGAUGGGUCUUGGAGAACUAACUACACAUGUCUGGAUAUCAUUUUAAAAUGUCUAAAUACAACUAUCUUUGGGCCUUCUUUCAUUUUAACAGGGAAAAAGCUAAUGUACGAUCAAUGGCCUCGAAACCUCCAAAAAAAUGUUUGGUGUCUAACCAAGGGUUACCUAAAAACUCCUGGAUGGGAAUGGACACUGAAACUCCUAGGCAGGCUGGGAUACCUUUAUCUCCUAUGUGAGUGGGGACACUUGGAACUCCUUGGUGGGCAAGAACAGCUGGAAACUCUAAGUGGGCAAGAACAGCUGACGCUCCUAGGUGCACAGGGACACUUGGAACUCCUAAGAAGAUAGCGACACCUGGAACUCCUAGGUGGGCAAGAACAGCUGGACAUCUUAGAAAGGUAAGGCAAAGCCUUGAACUGUAGUGAAGGGGCUCACUAAUGAAUAUCCUGUAGGAAGACCAUGAGUGACACAUUCCUUUGGAUUUAACCAGAGAUCUCCUUGCAUUCAUACUCUAUUCCCGUGUGUCUAUUUCCUGGCCCACGUAUGGUCAGUCACCAACAACCCAGCUGAUGCCACAAAUACCUUGUAUGAAGUAAUCUGUUUUUUAUUCCCCAUGUUCUACAGUUUCUGUAACUGUUCUUAUAGAACCCCCAGGCAAGUGAAA